CUUUAGAUGGCCAGUAUAGCUGACUGAAACUGUGAAGCAAGCUAAGCUAAUAUGUACUUCUAUCUCGGUAUGUACUUUGCUCUAAGCACUCUGGGAAGAUUUGUGCUUUCAGCGCCGGUACCAGAGACUCAACACACCCUGGAUGUAAAGGAUAUGGAGGUCAUGAGAAGCUCUGAAUUUCAGGACGCUGCAGAGAACGCUCUCAGCUUGAUCACGAAGAUACUCAGUGAUAUUCCUGCCGUGCACAAAUCACUGAUCCACACUACGACGCUGUCUCUAGACGAGAGUGAUUUGAGCACAUUGCAGUUCCUCAAGGACUCUCUUGCUUUACCAGAACCAAGUCCUCUUCAGCCCCUCUCAGACAAGUUUAAACUGGACGUUUCCUUGGGCCGGAUAGCUGAGGGUCUCAAGCUGCACAAGACUCUGUUGAAGGUGAUCAGCGAGCUGGUGCACUUUAAACCCAAGAAGCUAAAUGAUUUCCUGUAUGACCUGCGAGAUUCACUGCUGCACGUCCACAAGAUGCAGCAUGUGAUUAAGGCGGUGAAUGGGCCAGAGAAGGUAUCAGAAAGCCAACUGCAGGAGGAUUUGGCUCCUAAACUGAAAAACGAAUACGUGUCCCAGGUGGCAGCACAUCUGGCCCUGAUCCAGCUGAGACAGUUCGCCAAGGACGUUAGCCGUAGCCUUCAGAGCAUGAUCAUCUCCCCGGUAGAACAAGAGACUCAAGAUUCAUAAAUCCAUGGAACCUAGUAACAAAUGCUGUAAUGAAAAUAUUAAGGUUUUUGUGGACAGUGUUGAUGUACGUUACUACUGGCCUCCGCUUUUCAGGUGAAUCAUUUGUUUACAUGAUUUGUCAAUAUCCAGGAGCACAUGGACUUAAACAAUGCGAAUAUUUAUUUAUUUAUUCAUUUAUUUAUGUAUUUACGCCACACCCAUCACCAAGCAGUAGUGAGCUCAUGGUCAUUUGCUCACCUUACUUGUUUUCCUUAGUAACUUUGUUGACUUGCCAUGUGAUGAUGAUGAUGAUGAUGAUGAUGAUGUUCUUUACUCACAUCCUCAUCACCACCACAACUAAGUUAUGAUCUACAUUAGAUCUUUAUUAGAUGUUUAUUUUGUUUUUCUUUUACUAUAGAGUAUCUAUGCUGGAAAUCAUUAUUUAUUUACGUGUAUUUAUAAAAGCAUUUUGUCAUUAAUAUAUCGUAUGUAUUUUUUUAUUUAUAUAAAAUACGCAUGUGGUAUAAAAGUUUUUAAUGUCGCGUAUUACAAGAAAUAUCAUAUUUAUUGGUUGCUUUUUUUUGGAAAAACAAUUUCAUUUCCUGUUAAGG